GCAACUACGGUGUGCGGGGCAUGGAGAAGUUCACAGACCUGGCCAAGGACAAGGGAGUCUGUAUUGCCGUCUCUGACAACGUGGCCAGCACGGCCGAGGACGCUGCCUUCGACAGAGUCCUGGACACCCUGCUGGAGGUACCCAAUGCUACCGUCGUCGUGUGCUUCUGUGAGGGCAACACGGUGAAGAACAUCUUUAGUGCCACCAAGAGGAGAAAUAUGGAAGGCCGGUUCCUCAUUAUUGGCAGUGAUGGAUGGGGCAAUCGCCUGGACGUGGUCGAGGAUCUAGAGACGGCAGCAGCGGGAGGUAUCUCCAUCAAGCUCUUCUCCCCACAACUCAACGACUUCACCGCUUACUACGAGAAACUUAAGCCCAGCACAUCCUCAAAUAAUCCCUGGCUCAAUGAAUUCUGGGAAUGGAAGUUUAAGUGCUCCCUCGACAAGACUGACCUGAAAGGCUACUUUAAGUUUUGUCUCGGCAACGAAAGCCUGGCCGGAGCCCUGCAGGACUCCAAGCUUGGGUUUGUGGUCAACGCAGUGACCACUAUGGCUAGAGCUUUACACAACAUGCACCAGGAUGUGUGUGCCGGCAGCAAGAAGCUGUGUCCAGCCAUGGAACCUCUCGAUGGAAGUGUCUUCUUGCAGUACCUCCUCAACGUCAGCUUCCAGAGCUACAGUAACGACUCGGUGCACUUCGAUAGUAAUGGAGAUCCUCCAGGGAGGUAUGACAUAAUGAAUUACCAACCAAUCCGCACGCCAGACGGAAACUUGACUUAUGAUUAU